GGUUUGGCUUUGGUGAAGAGCGAAGCGCAAAGCGGCCGCGUGGAGCAGCUCGGUCAUGGGCGCGCACCAACGGAGCUCCGCGCGUCUCGGCUCGGUUCUGUCACUGUGCGGAUGCUUGGUCUUGCUGUGCGGGGUCGGGGUCGAGGCCGGCUGCCGGGAGAGGGACAGCCCCAACUGCUGCACCGGCCGGAACAACGACUGCUUCGAGUACACGCGGAGGAAGGCGGUGUGCUACUGCGACACGUACUGCCAGAAGACCGGAGACUGCUGCGAGGACUACCGGAGCGUGUGCCAAAUAUCCGCCAUCGACUGCGCGGUGGGUUCAUGGGGCCCCUGGUCACCGUGCACGUCUCCAUGCGGAGUGGGCAGCACCGAAAGGAGCCGCCAGGUGUCCGUCCCUCCCAGGAACGGUGGGACGCCCUGUCCGGACCUCAAACAGCGCCGCGGGUGCUUCGGAAACAACGAAAUAUGCAGUUCGGCGAAAGAGGUGGCGAAGAUCCUUCCGGAUUCCUUCAAGAGGAACUUUAAGGACCCUUGGCGGAGGCCUCACAUGCUGAUGAAGGAGGAGAAGGCCAGCUACUGUGUAUAUUUGAGGGUCAAACAAGUGAGUGCGGCUUGCAAACUGAAACUAUGGAGCGCCCAGCUGGUGAGAGAGAGGCUGGUGUGCGCCGAGUGCCAGAGCGACGCCAUGUCCAAGUCAGACCGAUGCGGAGGAGACGGCCUGGAGGCCACCAGAACCUUCUGGUCAGCAGCGUCCGCCGUAGGCUGUCACGGCUCGUGGGUGCGGGAGUCGUCCUCCGGGGGCUGCCGCUGUCCCCCUUACUCUGUCCUCUUUGUGUGAGCGGCCAUGUUUCCAGCACACGUCCAAGUCGAAGGGCCGCACGGUCCUCAAGCGCUCCUGCAAAACGCGAGCAGAACCCUGCCCAGUCGAGCCCUCGCGUCCAGAAUUCCUGGAUGGCUUUACUCAAGGAGAUCAGCAGCAUCCUGCCACUUUUAUUAUUAUUAUUAUUUUUUUGUAUCUUCCACCUCAUUCUCUGUACUGUAUUACUUACUACGCACGCAGUUAACCUUGCAGAUAACUUUUCAAAUUUUACUGCCACCUCGCUCUACAUUUUCUCCUCCAAAGCACAGCAAAAUCCGUUUGUAUUUUUACCUCUCUGUUAUCUACCUCCAUAAAUGCAAGUGCAUUAUGAUCAUGCGUCAAGUAUAAAUAUGCAAUAUAUAUAUAUAUAUAUACAUAUAUAUAUUAUUUAGCUUUAUACAUAUUCUACUCUUGAUUGCCGUAUGUCGUGUAAAAUAGCAACGCGUGUUUCUAACCAGACGUUUUUACACCAAACAGCGGUGACUGCGCUCUAUUUAAGCCCCGAUUCAAAGGCUCCUAAACGCCCCGAUGAGUUGGAGAUUCUAAAAACUGAUUCUUUGUCGAACGCUCACCCCCCACCCCCCCACCCCCCCACCCCAUAUCAGUACAGCGGAACCUCCAAAGCACAACCACAAUAAUCACAUGCAAAUAUUCUUUCUCCUCUGCAAAGACAAAUCUUGCCACUUUAAAAGUCAGAUAUUCUGCAUAGUUUUGCAUGUAAUAUUGUGAGUUUUUUUUCCCUAUGUAAAACUUAAAACAGUUUUUCUUGACCAUCAUGACUACUGUAAUUCCCGGCCUACAAAGCGCACCUGGUAGAAACCACACCCAGUACAUUUAUAAAAGAAAUGUUUCCAUUUGGUUUAUACAUACGCCGCAGCCGUAAAAAUGUAAAAAUUGCAAGUGCGAGAUAUUUACAAAGACGGUACACAGAGAUUAACGCUAGCGCCGCCACGCUCACGUGGCCGGUUAAAAAAAAAAUAUAUAUACCAGUAAAAAUCACUGAGGCACGGCAGUAACGCGCUAGCGCAGCGCUAGCUGGGCCAGACCGGUAAAAGUCACUUCCCCGGGACAUAUAUUCCACCGGUCUCACUCUUACCUUUUCCGCUCGAGUACCCCCUUGCGGCCGCUGGAAAAAAUGCGCAAAUUAGCCACAUCACCGCAUAAACCGCAGGGUUGGAAGCGUGUGAAAAAAGUCGCAGCUUGCAGGCCGGAAUUUACGGUAUUUUUGUCAUUUGGCCCCCAACACAAACAAAAACAAAAUUACAACUUUAGCCUUAUUACAUUUUUCAUUGCGUCCUGAAUACUGUUUUGUGCAUCUUUCACUCCUGAGUGUUAAAGGUAAGGACACAUUUUUCAUAUUUAUCUUUUUUUUUUUUUACACCAGUGUGACAGUGAAUAAUGUCAGAACGUACUCUAUUGCGAUUAUUUCCUGUUUCCUAAAUAUGACCAGAACUCGAAAUGCAUCAUAUUUGAACUUAGAGGUUCCACUGUAUUCUGCUCACGUAAAAGAAAUUGAAACAAACAAACAAACAAAGAGGUCCAAGCAGUGUUUUCUCAGGUGCUCAGGUUUCAUCUCCUGUCUCUUCCGAUGAUGUAAUGUCAUAGUAAUCUUAAAUGGCUAACGAGAAUCUACCAUAAUUUCCGCCCUAUAACCCGUGACUUUUUCCAGAUGCUUUCAACCCUGCGGUUUAUGCGGUGAUGCGGCUAAUUUGUGCAU